CCUAUCCUUAACUGUUACACAACUCCGCGCUGUUCCAGCAUCCCCUUCCAUCUCGAGAAAAAAGUAUUGAAUGGGUCAAUGUGCACUUCGUAUUUUUUUGCGGUAGACGAGCAUCCGAGAUCGUAGGUACCUGCUCGAUUUGUUAUUGUUUUGUGUUUUUGUUGUCGUUCACCCUGAGACCAAACUAAACCAAUUCUAAACCGUACCCGUCCUGAAAAAUGUACCAAUAAGAAACUCUUUUGUGACAUUGUGGUUGUGUUUUUAACAGAAACUGAUUAAACUGUAGAAUAAUUGUGAUUUUCAUUAAUAAUUUUUGUGUUAUGCGAUUUGAAUGAUGCCACAAACUAGAAUCUAGGGGUGGGAAUUUAGAGUUUACCCCAAAAUGUUGAAUGUGCUCUUUUUGAUUUUGUAUUUUGGAUUCUUAGUCGGUGCUGAAGAUGAAGUUGCCACUAAUAGCUUUGGUAUCGAAACAGAACCUUCUUGCGCGAGCAACCAAUUCAAAUGCAAAGAUGGCAAAUGCAUACCGAUAAGUUGGCACUGUGACUCCAGCCGAGAUUGCGACGAUGGCAGUGAUGAACCGGAGGACUGCCAGAAGAACCACAAUUGCCGAUCGGAUCAAUUUCAAUGUACUUUAACCAAAAAGUGUUUACCUACAGGUUGGGUAUGCGACGAAGAAAAAGACUGUGGAGUAUCACCUGAACUUGGUCCAGAUAUAUCCGACGAAGAUCCGAAACGUUGCACUAAAGAAGCGAAAUGUAAAUGGAACGAAGCUCUAUGUGGGGAAGGAACAGAUUGUAUACCGAUCAUAAAGUUCUGUGAUGGACAUGGCGACUGUUCCGGAAAUAGCGACGAGUGGGAUUUCUGCCAAAACUAUACAGAGGCUUGCAACAGAUUACAGUGUUCUUUCGGUUGCAAGCCCACUCCGAAAGGCCCUCAGUGCUACUGUCCUCUUGGAAAGAAACCUUUGGAUAACAAAUGUGUCGAUGCAGAUGAAUGUGAGCUUGAUGAUUCCUGUUCGCAAUCGUGUACCAACACAAUAGGAUCGUACUUGUGUUCCUGCGUGCCUGGAUAUAAGCUUAAUGGGACCGAUUGUACCGCUAUCAACUUUCCUCCUUCGGAACCACCAUCUCUAAUAUUCUCCACCCAAACUGAAAUUAGAAGAGUGACGCUGGAGGGCAAGCCUUUUCCUGGAAAUUCAACUUUGCGUUUACUGAAUAGUAAUGCCCUGGAAUUCAUCCACAGGAACCACACUGUAUGUUACGUGCACCAUAAUGUAACAAAGGCUUCGUUUAUGUGCGCUAAUGUAAACGAUUUAAAUCAAAGAUGGUCUUUGAACGUUGCCUCUCCACUCCUGGAAGUAGAUUUGGUACAACAAUUGGCACUGGAUUGGAUCACAGAAAACUGGUACUUUAUGGACGACCAACGGGAGAUCAUACUUGUGUGUACACAUAACUUAAUGUGGUGUAAUAUUCUUGUUGAGUACGACCUGAGCAAACCAAGAGCAAUUACGUUGGAUCCAACAAGCGGCUACCUGUUUUUCACGAAAUGGGGACAUUCUUCUCCUAUGCUAGAACGUGUAAACAUGGACGGUACCGAUAGAAGAUCUAUUGUAGAUCAUACAAUUGUUUAUCCGUACGGUGUUACGGUAGAUUUUCCGACCAAAAGAGUCUAUUGGGUGGAUACAUACUUAGAUUAUGUGGAAAGGGUCGACUAUGAUGGACGAAACCGAAAAACGGUACUAAGAGGUACCAAAGUACAAAAUUUAUAUGGAAUUACUGUGUUCCAAAAUAGUAUCUUUGUGUCUUCGUGGUAUAAUAACAGUAUAUUGGAGCUGCAUAAGUUUAAGCACGAAGAAAAGAGCGUCGUUGUUAAUAUUAGUAGACCUUUUAAUGUAUACGUUUUCCACAGACAGCGCCAACCAGAUGACAUUAUUUCAUGUUUUAAGGUUAGUAAUCCAGUAUAG